AUGGCACUUGCUGUCAGUGCGAUGGCUGAAUUGAGUCAAGUGUCCAAAUCCUACCGGAGGCAACGAGAGGAGGAUGGAACGGCAGUGGACAUUGACGUGCCCAAUUCCAAUUUGGCCCUCGACACCCCCACCAAGAAACGGAAACGCCCCCGCAAGAUCGGUCCGGAAAAGAAGUUUGAGUGCAAGUACGAAGGAUGCGGGAAGAGCUACUCUCGGGCAGAGCACCUAUACCGCCAUCAAUUGAAUCACACGCCCAAACAAAUAUAUCGAUGCGACUUUCCAGACUGCUACCGAUCCUUCGUGCGACAAGAUCUCUGUGUUCGACACCGAGAGAGGCAUACCACCAAGGGCUCCCAGCUUCAAAAGCGUGACCACUUCGCUUUCGGGGCCGCCGCCGCAGCAAUUGACAAGUCUUCGGUACCCCGGAGCCAUGCUGCUCUGGAUCGUGGAGCACAGGCAAAUGGCCUCAACGAUAACUCAUCUCCCGCUGUUUCGUCCUCCACUAACGGGAUGUCACCGCCGCCGCCGGUGGCCCCGAUCUUACAACCUGCUAAGAAGAAUGGGGAACGGGUUAACACUAGUCACCCCCCAGACUAUGCGAAUCGGCAGUCUGCCGCAAUAUCCCCAACAUCUAUGCCAUCACCUAUGACGGCUUACAACUAUCAAGCCGUUGCCGCUCAUCCUCAUGCCGAAACGGCCGAUUCAAUUGUCACCCGGUCAACCAGCGUGAGCAACAACACGGUAGGGAACUCCCCUCCGACUCAGUCAAAUACCACGUACAGCCCAUCGGAUAUCCAGGCACCAUAUGGCAAAGUCGGUAGCCGUCACUCUGCAAAACUCUCCAUCAGCUCCGUCGACUCCGGACGAGAGUCUCGUCCGUAUCAGCCGUUAUCGGGACCCGAUCCAUUAUCGGCGACAUCUACUCGAAAUCCCAGCAUCCCCUACCCCAUGACCACAGGGAUGGAUGGGUCUUCGAUGCUUAGUCCCACUGUAUACGCAUCUCAGCAACCAAGUCUGCAAAUGCCAUCGCUUCCCAUUAAUCGGUACCAGGAGCUCUCACUGCCCGGGCCUACUCCCUCGACGACCAGCCUCGGUGGGCUGGAUUCGGUCCCAGGAAUGAUAGCACCUGGGGCUGGCAUAACUGACGCCGGGUUCGAUUCCCUAUCAUCCUAUGCCUACCCGCUCUUUGGAGGCGAGACCUAUAAUCGAUCACCCUUUGCAAUGGUUGAUGACUUUGCUGCGUGGCUUUUCAACGAGUCCGGGCCUGGCUCUUCCCCUUUGAAUUAUCCCCCCACCGCUGGCAUAAUGCCAGAUUACUUGGACCCCGCACACAUCCAGAACCCGUUCUAUGCCAAUGAUCCUGCAUAUAUGAAUUCUUUUGGAAAUGUAGUCCCCUUACAACAUCCCAUGAGCAUGACCAGCAUCUUGGACCCUGGAUCUCCACAGGCUGUCAUGUCGGAGGAGAAGCGACAGGAGCUUCUGGAUCUCAUCUCCACGCGCUUUAACGAGGCUGCGUACUCGGCAGUGGCCAAACGCAAGGAUGCCUUUUUGGAAGGGAACAUCGAUGAUGAUAAUCAUAUUCUGAGCUUGCGAAUGAUGCAAACGUAUAUCGGCUCGUAUUGGUUUCACUUUCACCCCCAGCUACCGAUUCUACACAGACCCACGUUCUCCGCAGACAAGACCCACAAUUUACUCCUCCUUGCAAUCAUCACCAUCGGGGCAUCGACAUUGGACAAUGCAUACGGCCGUGAAGUCUCUGAGACUGCUUCGGCGUUGGCCAAUUUCAUCUCAUGGCACCUCAGGUGGGAAAUAUUCAUGGACGCCGAUUUCCGACCGCCCGCCAAACUCUGGGUAUUCCAGGCGCUUCUCCUGCUGGAAGUCCACGAGAAGAUGUACGCCACACGGGCACUGCACGAACGGGCACACAUUCACCAUGACACUACACUGACCCUGAUGCGGCGUGGCAGUUCGUUGAUUGACCGUUCCGCGUUCGAAUCCCCAGCGAGCAUGAAAGAAGACCGACGCUCCGCCUCGGGCUCGAUAUCCGUUUCUGAGACGACAGCGGAAGAAUCCUGGAUCCACUGGAUCAAAGCGGAAGCGACCAGACGUGUCGCGUUCGCAGCAUUUGUUCUUGAUUCGACACACUCGACAAUGUUCGGACAUUCUGCGAAGAUGGUGGCUCAUGAGCUGCGUCUCCCGUUGCCGUGUGAUGAGGUACUGUGGUCGGCGACCAGCGCGGGCGAAGUGGCCAGGGUACAGGCUAGUCUUCACGCGAAUGGUGUCAAACCUGUUAUGUUUCUGGAGGCGCUCAAGCAGACCCUCAAUGGACAACCCGUGCGGACGAAUGCCUUUGGACGUACAAUCCUCAUGGCCGGUUUGCUUAGUGUGAGCUGGCACAUGAACCAAAGAGACCUCCAAGUCAGCACACUUGGCGUCGCGCAGGCUCUGGGUGGCCGAGAUAAGUGGCGAUCCGCGCUCCUUCGGGCGUUUGACAAUUGGCGGCGGGAUGUCGACGAGGCACUGGGACACACUGUUCAUACACCGUAUUCGAAUCGGUAUCCGCCCCGAAGGGUACUGGACGAAGAUAACAUCGUGGAGUCUCGGGAUGCGCUGCACCGGCUGGCACAUAUGGCUUUACAUGUAGACAUCAUGGACUGCCAGAUCUUUGCGGGAGCACGACGACUGCUGGGCCGGUCGAUCACGCCCAAGGACUACAAGAUUGCAAAGGAGAAGAUGACGCAACGGUGGGCGGCCAAGGCCUCCGCGCGGGACGCGGUCUUUUACGCGCUGAAAUUUCUAUCCGAGUGUCUCCUGGGUAAUGAGAGUGAUGUAUCACCGCUGACUCCGGAAUACUGUGCACGCGAUGACUACCUAGUCAAUCGGCCGUGGGUGCUAUAUUUCGCGGCGUUGGUGGUAUGGUGCUACGGAUACGCGUUGGAAGGCCCGAUCAAUCCGCCCAUGGAGCUGCCGACACCGGUGGACCAGCGACGUGAUAUGCAGGAGUUCUUGCGGCGCGUUGGCGGCGUGCGCGAACCGAACGAGUUAGAGACGUUGACCGGUCGAAACCGAUGUAUGGGCCUUCUGAUGGUGCUGCGGGAUGACUUUAUGCAAGCGCGAUGGGAAUUGCUGGCCGAAGGGGCUACGUUACUUGGGAGUUGCAUUGAGAAGCUGGGUUCGGGCAAAAUCAACUGA